AUGUCGAAUGUUAAAAUAAUCAAACCGAUUCCUAAAUAUGCUAAUGUUGCUAAUGGAAAUUCUCCACAAACAACAGCAACAAUAAAACCUUUAGCUGUUGCUGCUACAACAUUAAAAGAAGGUUCAGUGGUGUAUCUUCUUCAUCAAUUGCCAUAUAAUUUUCUUUUAACUGACUUUUAUGAUCAUAAUCUACAUUACAAUAAAAUUCCGAUUCAUGCUUGGAAUCAACAUUUAAUUGGACCCGGGCUUUUUCAAGAAUGGAUUAUAGCAAUAAAAAGUGCUCGUACGCCAGAUGAACAAAAUAUUGAAUUAUUUCAAUCGGCUGAAACAAGCUUAUUUGGUUUUCGAACUACACGUUUAGUUGUUCCCGAUGAGCCACUACUUGCUUGGUUUAGUCUUUCACAACUGCGUUCGAUAUGUGAAAAAAUUAAAUUAACAAAAAUAUUUAAAGUUGAAGAACUUUUAAAAUCUACACGAUGUCCUCGAUGUAAAGUCGAACAACAUUAUUUAAAUGUUUUGGUUGCACAUGUACUUCUUGAUCAAUGUCGUGAUGCAACUUCAUCAGUUAAUCUUAAUCUUAAUGAACGCUUAUUCGUUCAUGCGUCUCCAACAAAAAAAUGCUCAAUAGAUUUUUCAUUAUCAAAACGAUCGUUAUCAUCUCCUCCUCCUGUAAAUCCUCUUAUUCAUGAGAAACAAAAAGACGAGGAAAUUAAAGAAAAACCUGAUGAUCUACAACAUCCAAUUCCAUUUUCAUCAAGUGAUGUAUCAUCGUAUAAGAUGAGUGUACUCGAUGGUACACAUGCAUUAGAAUUCACUUCAUUGGACAAUGAUGGAAGACAACGUAAAGCUCAUUUAUGUCUCUUUUGUGGCAAAGUUUAUAAUCGUAAAUAUGGAUUAAAAAUUCAUCUUCGUACACAUACAGGAUAUAAACCAUUGCAAUGUCGAGUUUGCUUUCGACCAUUUAGUGAUCCAUCUAAUCUUAAUAAGCAUAUACGUCUUCAUUCAACAGCAACAACAUCAUCGUCAUCAUCAUCCGUAUCACAUAAACGUCCUUUUGAAGAACAGGAAGAAUUGAAUAUGGAUAGUAGUGACAGUUUAAAUAUAAACACAUUGGAUGAUAACUAA